UCUGGAGAAGUUCCGUCACGUGACGGCCCUCUUUCUCGCUUCACCCUUUCCAAUGGACCGUACCAUAUUUGUGGGGAGAAAGAAAAGGGAAAAAUUCGUAACUUUGUAGGAGUUGGAAGUGCUGCGAAGUGUCGUCCUCCGCACCUUUUCAUUAAGCCUUUUCUCUUUUGUCAUCCCCUUCUCUGGGAAUGGCCGGCCUCCGGCGCUUUAAACCUGCUUUCUAUCCCUGCUCUUUGGUCCCUCCCUCCUCCCCCCUGCUCCCGCCCCUCCCGGCUCCUGUUCUGUCCUUCCCGGCGCCCCCCACGUACUCUCCGGCUGGGCUAAGGCACCUGAAACCGGUAUUUGGUUUCUUGGGACCCGUACUCCGCCUCAGCUUCUGUACUGUCCGCCCCAACCUGUGCUCGAGAUGGUGUCCCUCUUGUGUUGUGGGCCCAAGCUGGCCGCCUGCGGUAUCGUCCUUAGUGUCUGGGCCGUGAUCAUGUUGGUUAUUCUGGGAAUUUUCUUCAAUCUCCAUACUGCUGGAUUAUUUGAGGAUUUACCUUUUGAAGAGGAUGAUUUUUCCCAGGAUAAUCCUGAGAAAAUCUUUGCGCUUUUUGAAAGUGUGAGUUACAACUGCUUCAUUGCUGCCGGCCUCUAUGCCUUGGUUGGAGGCUUCUCGUUCUGCCAAGUCCGACUCAACAAGCGCAAAGAAUACAUGGUCCGUUAGGCUACUCCAUUCCACUCCCAAAGAUUUGGGGGUGCCCCUUACCUCACGUCUCAUGUAAAAGGUCCCUUCUCGUAGCCUUCCCAGUUCUUUUUGGGAUUCGACCUUUUUUUUUCCACUUUAGUUGCUGAAGGAUUUGCUGGUUGCCCUCGGGGGUGGGGGUGGGAGACGGGGAGAAGGGCUUCAUUUUGUUUGGUUUUUACCCCAGUUGUGUUUGGGUGGUUCUACUAUCCCUUUCCUAGCCUCUCCGCUGUCUCUGCUAGUUACAAUAAAGUGAAAGUAAUCUAA